AUGAACCUUCCCGUAAGUGAAAACAUCUCUUUGGGCACUAACAUGAAUAAGUUUGACGAGUUUAUUGAGUCCAACGAGAAAGAUUUAGAGACGGAUACCAGUACACGAAGCAGCAUAGCUUCCAUGUCUCCCGUGGUGAAACCUGGACCGAAAAUCCAUCCUGCUGGCCACAAUGGAUAUAAGCCAGAACAUCAUCGUACAUCCAGUGCUGGAAGUAUGCAUUCACAAAGGCUAAUGACGCCUACUAGAUUAAAUGAACAAGAUCAUCCCCUACAAACCAAGCCGGGUGCCAGAAGGGUCGUAACCCGUCAUUCCUCUGUAUCUAUGCCAAAUGCCAUCGGUAAGAGGAGAUCUCUCAUUCAACCUAUGGUUGUACCGACUACGCCAGAAUCUCAAAGUAAUAUAUCUUUUGGAAAUCCAUUGACCUAUUCUGAUGGCUCCCAUGGAAUUCCGGUAGAAUCCACCACUUUACUUUCUAGUGAACAAGCAAUGGGAGGUAGUCUCCGGCAUUCUCGAAAUGGUAGCUCACAAUCUGUUAAUAGUUUGGCAACUCCCAGCAUGCCCACAAUUGGUGUCGAUGUGAGUGCGCUUUUACAAGCUCUCGCUACAAAAGAGUUAGAACUUUUAGAAUGUAAACAAAAGGUUGAAGAUCUGAAGAAGCAAACCCAGUAUGAAGAACAAACCUAUUCCCGUCGUGCGCGUGAACUACAGGAACUGAAACAGCAAGUCUCUAAACAUUUGGACCCGUCCCAAAACACACCAGUGAAAGACCGUAACUUUUCACCAGCACUCCAAAAUAUACCUAUGGAAUCUCGGUUUGAAAAUGGUGGCAACGGAAGCUUUACAAAUUCUGCAAGGCCUCGACAAGACAAAAUAUCUCCGAAUGCGAAACAGUCAGGAUCCGUGUCCCCACAAGGCGUUCAGGACACGCACCCAGGAAGUAGCUCAGCAGAUCUUUCUAAACAGUCUCUCUGGAGUAAACCAUUGGCUUUAUUCAACCAGUUUGAUCAGAUCAUUCAGCAUGAAAUUGAGAGAACCCUUAACUGGGACGAAAAAAGUCCAGGUCCGCCAGAGCCACAGCAACCGCCAUCGACUGGCAACCACGAUUCCACAGUACGACAUCACAUUAGUGAACCUUCAGAGACUGAUCAAGAACCUUCCUCACAAGGCUCUGUCUCCAGAUCGCUAUGGAGCUUUGUCAGCGACGUCAAGGCAGGUUUGUUGGGGAUAGAGGAAGAAAAUGAUAGUGAUGUUACUAACGAUAACAGAAAUGGCCUUGUAAAUAAGAGCGGUAGACAGUAUGCACAAAAGCAGUGUAUACCUAAAGUAUCAGACUGGUCACAACCAGAAGAAAGUGGUGAUGACUCUAGUCUAGGUAUGAAAAAAUUCAAGACGAUAGAUAAGUUCAAGACAGCUGACGAUGACCGUGAACAUCGAGCACAAGCAAGGAAAAGAAAAACGGGCACUAACAAACUACAAUUUGUUGGGGACAAUUACACCAAUGACACGAGGGAAGGUAGUCCCUCUACACAAAAUCCGGUCGAAAUGGCAAAUCUUUGA